AGUUUUUGGUUUCUUCAAAACUCUCAAAACCCAUUUUUUACAUUUUCUCUCUUCUCUCUGUCUCUCUAGUUGAAGGAAGAAAAGUAUGGCGGAUUGGGGACCUGUAGUGAUCGCCGUGAUACUGUUCGUGCUUCUGACGCCGGGGCUUCUCUUUCAGAUUCCGGCGAGAGGUCGUGUCGUCGAAUUCGGGAAUAUGCAGACUAGUGGUGCCUCCAUUCUCGUCCACACCAUAAUUUUCUUCGGUCUCAUCACCAUCUUCACCAUCGCCAUUCGUCUCCAUAUUUACACCGGUUAAUAUUUUACCCUGCCGGUUCAUUUGUAGUUUCUCACCGGUUUGGUUUUGUCCAUGGUUUGUUUUGGAUUUUAUAAUUUGCUUCCUAUCUUUUCUGGCUUUGUUUAUAAUUUCUAUGUGAAUCUAUAUCUGAAAUUCUGAAUAUGCACCAUAAGUAAUUUAAAGUUUUUUUUGGUAAAAAUUAAGUAAUUUUAAGUUUUGUUGCU